GACGUCGGGGUGGGGGCCUCCAUCCCCAGUCUGGCGUUCGGAAAUCUCCCCGAUCAGUAGACAGAGUGCUCCCGCACGUUCACAUACACAGACAUGCAUCUCCCCAUCGCCGUCGUCGGUUUCGUCGCGGCGUUUGGCCUGGUGCGCGCGGACGGGCUCGAGGGCGUGCUGGCGCGUUGUUGCGCGCUGGGCAGUGACUGGGCGCGCCAGCGCUCCUACGCCUCCUGCGCGGACUUCCCUCCGCCCGUGUCCAGCGUCCCCGGCGAGCAGCUCGCCACGUGCAUCGCCUCGGCCGACAUCUGCUGCCGGCGGGACAACCGUAACACGCAGUGCCGCCGCGGUUCCAACGCCGCGUUGGCCGACAAGAGGUGCUCUGUGGACGUCGCUGAGCACGGCGAAGCCUACAAGGACUGCUGCGAGGCCUGCAAGCUGGGCAUGAUAUCGGGGUCGCUCUGGCAGUCGUGCGAGCUGAAGCGCUUCUCUUUCGGCCUGCCCUGGGACGCUGCCUUCCACGAGUGCUGCGCCGCGGCCUCGGGCACGUCCUCCGCCGCCACGCCGCCCACCUCCUCCAACGAGCUGCUGCCAGCGCCGGCAGCCAACGAGACUCUGUGCAGCACCAUGGGCCGCGACCUGUGCGCCCACGUGUGCGUGCCCACCCCCGGCUCCUACCGCUGCGAGUGCCACCCCGGCUUCGGGCUCAUGGCGGACGGCAAGUCCUGCAAGCUCCUCUCCGGCGGGCCCGACAGGUGCAAGGAGGAGAACCCCUGCACGCACAUCUGUCGCGACACGGGGCUGGCCGUGGAGUGCUCCUGCAGGCCGGGCUACGCGCUGCAGUCGGACCGCAAGACAUGCAAAGACAUCGACGAGUGCCAGGCGGGCACGCACCACUGCCUGCUCAAGACGCAGACGUGCAGGAACGACCCCGGGGGCUACACCUGCCUCGGCAAGGACGGCGUCAUCAUCGUGCCGCGAGUGUUUGAGGCCUUGGACAACGCGCUGGCCCCGGUCGGUCCCGGUCCGCAGCCCGGCCCCGGCUGCCCCGCCGGCUACCAGUUCAACGCGCAGCUCGCCGUGUGCGACGACGUGGACGAGUGCGCCUCCGGGCUGGCCGACUGCGGCCGCCCCGAGGACUGCGUCAACACGGUGGGCUCGUACCGCUGCGAUGGCUCGGCGCAGGGCGCCUGCCCGCCCGGCUACGUCUGGGAGGAGGCCGCGCAGCGCUGCGUCGACCAGGACGAGUGCGAGGACGGCUCCAACAACUGCGCCGAGGAGACGCAGUUCUGCCUCAACAGCCAGGGCGGCUUCGCGUGCCUGGAGCGCGUCCAGGGCCGCGGCAGCUGCCCCGCCGGCUACAAGAAGGACACGACGCACCGGAGCGGCUGCAAGGGUGAGUCCGUGCGGCGAGAGCGUGCCUUCCGUCAAAUUGUAUUCAAAUUUUUAAAAUAUGCGAGCCUAGUAGUGGAAUCGCCCUUCAAUGGUGUCCUUUUCUGAUGAAACUAUCGUCCCUGGAAUUAGUGUGGUGGUGGGAUGGUUGUGGGUUUUGGUGGUUUCUUGUGGUCUGGUCGCUAUUGGUGGUGGUGCAAGACGACUGGACCCCCGGGGUUGUCGUUGGUGUUGCUGGCUCGAGGGAGCGGGGUUGGCGUUUGUGCUUUUGUGCUCACCGUGCUUGCACCCGGCCCCGACACCCGCCCUC